AUGGUUAUUGGGUGGGCCACGAGGCAAGGUGGCCUGAGUGUUACACAGUUAGAAGCACUCUCUGAAAUGAUUUCCAAGGUAAGUUGGAAGAACUUUUGUAAAUUUUGUUCGAAAAUGUCUAAGACUUCUUUACUUUUUUGCGUGGUUUGUUGGCUUAAAGUGGCAAAUCAACCUUCCGGGGGAAGCGUGUUGUUUACCCAUUCAGCCCAGUUAAAUCACCCACUCCCCUCCCCCAAGACCCUUUCUUACUCCAGAUACGUUCUAGGGAGCAUUCAUUUGCGUCUUGAAUCAAUUCGUAAAACAGAGCAACUGCUGAAAAUACUGAGACUUCCCGUUGUUUUUGGCGUAAAUCAUUACUACAGGUGCUUAGUGACUACACUUCCUCUUUCGAGGAAAAACGGAGAUUUUUUGGCCCAUUCAAUGGGCAAUUUUUCAAAUUGCGCGUCUAAGUCGAACAGGCGGGGAUCGCUUGCAUUGUUUCGAGCUUGUUCGACCUUUGACGCGAUUUAUCGGCGAUUUUCUCCUUUUUUACCUAUGCUACUUACGGUAACCAAUGCAUAAAAAUUGAAAAUUCGCUACAAAAUCGAAUUACUUUAAGUUUUAUUCCUUUAAAUUCAAAGGGGGUAUAUGGCGGGAAAGUCACUGACCAUUUAGACCGCCGUUUCGUGGAAAUACUAACACGUCACGGGAUCAAAGAAACAGCCCUCCAACAGCACUCGUCCCUUAGUGUGGGUACUGUGAGUCUGCCUGUACCACCAGCCAAUGUAGACCCGUCUGACUACAGUAAAUGGUUUAACGAGAAGACUAGCACAGAUGGCGCAGACGUUAGUGCUGUCAGGGCCCUGGGACAAGACGUUAGUGUAGAACGAGAAUACAACGAAUCACGGUAAGAUCAGCGUUAAAUUUUCAGCGAUGAAGGAGGUUUUCUUCUUUAGUGUUGUUGGUGAUAAUUAACUCGUUAAUAUUUGAGGCAGAAUUCCCUGCUAUCAGAGGCUUCUUGUCCUCUUUUCCUCCCGCCUGCCCAAUGAAAGGGAACAGAGGCCUCUCUUAGCAGGGAAUGGGCAGAAUUCCUGCUAUGGCAACGUUUAUUGCAUCUCUUUGCCAAAAUGGCGUCCAGUAUUAAAGGUGCUACUGAUGAAGAUAUUAUAGCAUUAAUAGGGGCGGCAGAAACCUAGACGCGCGAAAGAGUACAAUUUUUAACAGUAUCAAUGAGGGCUUUUUCUCCAAAAAUUCAGAAAAAUUGUAAACGACUUAGGAGCUGCUAAAAAAACCCGAUGCGUGUCUGUCUGUGUCUCAUAAACCUAGGCAAGUUGCAGAGAUUAAAAGUAAAGUUUAAGUGACACAGUGUUUCUUUGACAGUGCCUCGGAGUUCAUUUGCAAGCUUGAUAAGCUUCACCGCAACAUUAACCAGACAACCGCUUUGAUCCAAGAACCUUCACCGGAAAACAUGAUCAACAUGCCCCGCCUGCGGGCAGCUAUGGACUUGUGCAUCGAACAACUUCCCACACUGCUAAAAAUAGAACAGGACGGGGCUGUUUCUGUCACUCAACUUCUCCCACGUGUGCUUUCUCAACUACGUGCCUUGUCGGUUUAUUCCGAGUCCGGCAGCUCUGUUGGAGCGGACGAACGAAUAUCCGAGUCCAUGGGUUAUGUCUUGCAAAAGGUACAUAUAUUAAUAGUGGUAGUAGGACUGAGUGAAGCUGGUCCAAUUUGGUCUGUAAUCAUACGAGUUACUGUGGGAGUCCCAUUUGUUUAAUCACCAGUAUUAAUACAGACCGAAUGGUACGACACGAAAUUCUGUUACCACUUAAUCAUAACUAUAACAAAGCAUGUAAUAUGUUAACCUUUUUUAAAAUUAAACCAAAGUAUUCCGAGAGUUUCUAGCUAGCAGGGAAAGAAAAAAUUCAAGUGGGCCCACGCGAUGGUGCGUACUGUCCAAUUACUUAUGCAUGACGCGUACUGUCCUAAUAUUGCACAGUCCUAUCCUGAAAUCAGCUGAUAGUCAGUCAGAUUAGAGAAUUUUUUUGUUAGAUACAAGAAAUAACUUUGAAGCCAAGAGAUGAAUGAUUUAUUUCUUGCGUGCGAUUUUGCGUUGAGUUAGCAGAUGAUAAACGAUCCUUGAAAAGUAAGUUUUUUAACAGAAACUGGGCUGCCGUUGAAAAAUUGAAUGACGCCUUUUCCAUCUUGGGGCGGAAAAACAACGGGUUCAUGUUUUAUUCCUUUGAACUAUUACCUUUUAAGACAAACAAUGAGGACUUACGGAAACCAUUUUCCAAGGUCAAACGAAAAUAGCUUUAACGAGAAGAAGUUUUAUAAAGUCAUCCAGAGUAAAUUCCAAAAAGGUUAUCAGUUCUUACUGUUCUAAGGUUAAUCCUGAGUCUGAGCUGAUGAAAACCUGUUAACCACACCAUCGGGCUUUAGCAACGAUAACGCUGACGUCCCGGGAGAAGUUCGAUCUCUCUCUUGAUGGAACCCUUCUGUCUCACUCAACGAAUCUGAUGCCUUUGUUUUAGCACCUGCUGUACGAAUUUGUCGACUCAGAGCACUGAAGGAGAGACAAUAUAAACUUCGGGUUGCCAUUUCUGUCGUCCGGGACGUCAACGUUAUCGUUGCUUAAUGUCCCUGUCAUCUAACGAUUAGAUUGAUACCUCGCCUUGUUUGGUCUUUCAGUACAAGAAGGCAAAGUUUGUGAGGUUUCUGUCUUGUAGAAUCAACUCCAGGUGUCCAUCUUUGGGAAGGACCCAUCUUGUAGAGUUGUCUGUUAAAAAAGUGGCGACGGUAUUUUUUUUCUGUCUGUGUUGAUUUCAGUAA